GCAAAGAAGGAACAAGAAAACUAAGGAGGGAUAAGGCAUUUUAUUUUAAAGAAAGAGCAGAAUUCAGCAUCUUUGUUCUUUUAAAAACUUUAACAGAAAGUUUUCUUUUCUAGUUUACAGCUUGAUGGAUCUCCCAGCUAGGAUCUCGAAAGUAUUGCUCAGUCUGUUGGUAUUCAGACUACAAGUCACAGUGCAGAGUCCAUUCGAUGACUGCUGUGUCAAUGGAUUAGAAUGGGCCGCUAAGCAAAAGGAGUGUGCUUCUCUACCCUACACACCGGACGAUCCACUUUGCAGAAUAGCACGGGAACAAUGUUGUCGAGUAAAACUGGAGGAAAUCCAUUGUGAAAAUGGUAUAAACGUGGCCAGAGAAAACCAAAUAUGCAUGGCAUUUAACACUGUCAUAGGCCAAUGCAACACUGGUAAGAAGUGCUGUCAAUGCUGCCUUCUUGGCAGAGGAGCCAAAAGCAAUGGACAUGGUUGUGAAGCAAAUGAAGCUCUGGGAUACCAGUGUGGACAAGUUUACAGAGCAUGCUGUGUAGGAGAUGAAGAAGCCAUCAACACUCCAGUCAAUAGCAACCACACAGCAGAUUUCAGCCCAGAUACGCACAACCAGAGUCCAGGUCAUGAAACCAGAAAGUCACCAGUAGAACUGGAGGAUCCAUUCCUGAAUGAUCGAUGCAGAGGAGGAGGGCCCUGUCAGCAGCGUUGCACUGACACAGGGACAAGGGUUAGCUGUUCCUGCUACGUUGGCUACAAGCUGAAUGAUGACCAACGCACAUGUGAUGAUGUCAAUGAGUGUUUGUUGCUGAUUCAUCAGUGCCAAACAGGACAGCGCUGCAUCAAUACUAUUGGGUCUUAUCAAUGCCUGCGUGAGAUAAGCUGUGGAACAGGAUAUGAACUGACUGAAGACAACCAAUGCAAAGAUAUCGAUGAGUGUGAAAUCGGAAUACACAAUUGCGGGUUCAAUUUCAUCUGCCAGAACACAAAAGGAUCGUUCCGCUGCUUGCCAAAAAUGCAAUGUGGACCUGGAUUUCUGCAGGAUGCUCUGGGCAACUGCAUUGACAUCAAUGAGUGUAAUAAUGCUGCCUCAUCCUGUCAGCCUGGCUACACCUGCAUCAAUAACAUUGGUUCAUAUAGCUGUCAGCUCAAUGUUGUAAACUGUGGCCGAGGCUAUCAACUGUCCAUGGAUGGAUUAAAUUGUGUAGACAUUGAUGAAUGUGCAAGUCCUCAGAACCCUUGUGGUGAAGGGCAUUCUUGCAUAAAUUCUCCUGGUAGCUUUCACUGCAAUUGCAAGAAAGGGUACAAUUUCAACAGCAUUUCCAGAAAAUGCAUUGAUGAAAAUGAAUGCCGUCGUUACCCAGGACGCCUCUGUGCACACAAUUGUGAGAACACUCCAGGUUCCUACUAUUGCAGCUGCAGCAAAGGCUUUAAACUCUCACCUGAUGGGAGAAACUGUGAAGAUGUGAAUGAGUGUGAGACCAAUCCCUGCAGUCAAGAAUGUGCUAAUGUCUUUGGCUCAUACCAGUGUUACUGCCGCCGUGGUUACCAGCUCAGUGAUGCGGAUGGAGUAAACUGUGAAGACAUUGAUGAAUGUGCAUUACCCGCCGGAGGCAACAUUUGCUCAUAUCGAUGUGUCAAUGUUCCUGGAAGUUUCCAGUGUGCUUGCCCAGUUGUUGGUUAUGCUCUUGCAUCCAAUGGACGUAACUGCCAAGAUAUUGAUGAAUGCAUCACAGGGAUGCAUAACUGCUCUGGUACUGAGACUUGCUUCAAUGUCCAGGGGAGCUUCCGCUGCCUGACCUUUGACUGCCCAGAAAACUACCGAAAGUCUGGAGAUGCGGUAAGAUUAGAUAGGACAGAGACAGUUCGAUGCAUAAAAUCUUGCCGCCCAAGUGAUACAUCCUGCAUACUGGACCCAGUUAACACAGUCUCCUAUACUGUCAUUUCUCUGCCAACCUACAGGGAGUUCACUGGACCAAUAGAGAUCAUAUUUCUCCGAGCAGCAGCUCCAGUUUAUCCCAGUAUCCAGUCAGAGAUUACAUUCCGCAUCAGUGAAGGAAACGUACGUAACUCUUUUGACAUUAUCAAGCGACAUGAAACUGCCAUUACAAUUGGUGUCGUUCGAAUGGUGAAGCCAAUUGUUGGACCUUUCACUUCCACCUUAAAGCUGGAAAUGGACUACUAUAUGUCAGGGCAACUAUCUCACCGCAACAUUGUUUAUGUUUACAUUUAUAUCUCAGAAAAUUGGUUCUAGAAGCUUUGUUCACAUAAAGUUAAUUUGCAGCAACCACAUUGGUUAACCACUGAAUAUUACAGGAAAAAUAUUAUACUUCACCUCUGCUCCCCAGACACCAACACCUGUGUGAGAAGGAUGCUUAAAGCAAAGCUGCGUGCUUAUGAAAGAUCCACAUUUCCUCUCAGAAUAAAAGAUUUAAAAAAUCACUUACUGCAUCAUAUAUAUUUCAAGCAACAAACUUAGAGCAGCUAGGGUUCAUUAUGGAGUGAGCCAUGGAGAGAACAAUAAGAAUGCAAAGCCUUGAUACCUGGAGCAGGUGAACAGCUGAGCAAUGGUAUAUUAUUUUCCUGCACCCAAACAACAAUGUGACGCCCAAACAUGAAAUGCCUUUGAUUGUUAGUCUGCAACCAACAUGUUUAUUUGUCUGUGUUCUUUUAGUAGUUUGCACUGCACUAAAACAGUUUUAAGUUGUUCUAAUAAAAUUCAGCAAAUUAAUUUUUAGGUUAAAUAGACCAGUGAGCAAUAUUCAUUGGCCCUUUAUGCUCUGAAUAUUUUGAAAACAAAUGUGCUAAUAGUUUGAAGGGACAUGAGGGUGGAAAUGCCUGCAGGGACAUUAUGAGGAAGUUAUACCUGAAAUUAUGCCGAAUCGUGUACUAAUUUUACACCCAAAUUUCCUAGUCUUGUUAGCACACAGCAGAACAUAAAAAGUGAGCAAAAUCCAGAAGAAAUCCGUGUAAACAAUCAGAUAGUCUUAUUUCACCAUAUAGUCUUAUUUCCAAGUAUGAAAUUUAACAUUUCUAGCCAUCUAAACAUUACCUUUCCUGAGUAUGAACAUGUAAUCAUGGAAGAUUUGCAGUUUUUUAGUUGUGAUUGAUUCCAGUCCCUUAAAAUACAUUUAAAAAAAUGGAAAAAUACAUACAGGCCAUCCUGCAUUAAUGACUGGGUUCCGUUUUUACAGACAUCCUUAAAUCGCUUUUCUCCAUAAGUUGGAAAAUACAUAAAAAUCACUUGAUUUGGUAACCAUACCUCCACAGUAAUGUAAUGAAAUGUAUAAAAAACACAUAAGGCUGAUAAGAAGGAACAAUUACUGAAAGGGGAGAGAAAGAAGAAACUAGUUCUAUCGUUCAUAGGAACAAACAUAUUUUGGGAGCUUGUUCAUAUUAGAGAUGUUCGUAAGUUGGGCAUCUGUAUACGGACAAACAAAUGUUAAAAACAGCUUAAGAAUUCAAAUAAAACAGAACAGAAGUUAACUUCCUUCUUGCUGGUCCUAAAAUUCCGGCUUAAUUUGAAGCAUAAAAGUGAAAAGAAAUUUAUGUGCAACAAACAAUCUACUGGAGGAACUCAGGGGUCAAGCAGCGUCUGCGGGGGGGGGGG